CAAAAUCUGAAAAUGGCCGAUCACACGGGAGAAAACGUGGGUGAAGUUGUCCAAACUUCGCCCAAAAAGUCUAAUGUUGAUUCAGAAACUGUUAAAAGAACGAAGGAAGGAGACGAAACAAAUGCCGAACUUGAUGAUCUACUCGAUAGUGCUCUGAAGGAUUUUGAGAAGCCAAAAGCUGUUGCCCCUGACCAAGCUCCUCCUGAUGGGAAGACUGAAGCUGUGGCAGGCUCCGGCAAGACUCAGGCUGCAUCCCAAGAGGCCCCGCCCCUUCCACCAGGUCAGGAGGCGUUGUUCAACCAGCUGUUUGCCGGUGGUGAUGGCGCAACAGACUUUGAGUCAGUCAUGAGCAGUGUCAUGUCAGAGCUCGGCAAAGACCUUGGGCAGGAUCCUGGCAUGAACGAUGAUCUGCUAGCCAAACUACUACAGGGUGGUGGUGCUGAGGCCUUUCCAGGAUUUGGCUCUGCACCGCCAACAGAGGGCGCUACAACAUCAGGCAAUGAAACACUUGAGAGUACGUUAGGCGACACCAUCAACCGAUUGGUGCAAAGUGCACAGGACCUGAAGGAUGGCAACGUACCAGAGGAGGAGGUGUUAAGACAGAUGGAGAACAUGCAUCUUGGAGACGGUUCCGAGGGCGAGAUGAUGCCCAUGAUGCAACACAUGAUGCAGAGCCUACUCUCCAAGGACAUUCUGUAUCCAUCUCUCAAGGAAGUCGUAGAAAAAUAUCCAGUGUGGCUGGACGAGAACCAGUCUACAGUCAAGCCGGAAGACUUUGAACGCUACACGCAGCAGUUUGAGCUCAUGAAGAGACUAUGCACAGAGUACGAAUCAGAGCAGUCAACGGACUCCACGGACGUCAAACAGCAACGGAUGACCAGAAUAAUGGAUCUCAUCCAAGAGAUGGAAGGCCUUGGGCAACCACCCACGGAUAUUGUUGGGGAAGGGGGUACCGGGCUCGGUCUGCAGUUUGAUGGGCAAGGGAUGCCAAAGAUACCAGGGAUGCCACAGGGGGACCAGUGCAGCAUCAUGUGACACUAACAAAGACCUGCUAUUAUUUGAGAAUCCAGACAUCGACUUGUGAUUGGUUGGUGAGCUGUCGCCAAUGACUCUGAUUGGUUGAAAGAUCAGUAGUGGCCGGAGGUCACUUUCCAAAUUUGACUAUGCGAUUGGAUGAAGGUGGCACCAUAAUGACCUGUGAUUGGUUGAAUGAAAUUCAAGCCUUGAUUGGCUGGCCAGUAGCAAGUAAUGCCAUGUGAUUGGUUAAUCCGAAUCACAUCAAGGUGUUAGUCCCAGUUUCUUCUAAAUCUCGGUUUAGUUCUGGAAUAUAUUGCAGGAUUGUUAAAACGGCAUCCCAGUUACUGUUAUACUUAUUGCUCCUUGAAAGAUCAUUUGAAAGAAUUAUCGGAUUGGUUUUCGCCAAAGUGAAGGAUUUUGGAGGAUUUAAGAAGACAUCACAUUUUAUCAUGUAACAUAGAAGUGUACUCUGAUUUGACAGUGGCUGGUAUAUUACUAUUGGGAAUAUAUAUAUGUGCUUGGCCAGUUUUAAACAAGUACGUUUAAAACUGGCUGGAGGCCUGGACGCUGAUAAUUGCAUUUAAUACCCGAAUCAAGUUUUAGGUUUUAAACGUACAUAAAUACAUGUAGGCUCCUGAUGCCAGGACAGCAUUUUCAGCGGCUUUCAUUUUAAAAUCUCAGUGGGAUACCUCGUUUGUUGUAUCGUUGCAAUACGCUAAACAAGACAAGACAAUCCUAGUAAAGCCGGUCCCAGAGGGCACAAUAUUAUAUUCCAUUGGUUCAAAAUGGCCAAUCAUUUGAAAUCUUUUCAUACGUAUGUGACCUGCACAGUCGGCCAGAUUUAUCCCAUUCAUUGGCUUUACAGGGUAAUUCUGUUUCAAAGCUUUUUGGUCAAGGCAGGACUUAAGCAAGUCUAAUUCACAAGUGACAGUCAGUCGGGGAGUCAGUCAGCCAGCUAAGUCAGUCAGUCAGCAAAUAUAAGAGUUGUGAAAAUCUGCAAAAAAAUCACUUCAAAUCAUCGCGAUGCAACCUUUUGCUUCACUGUGCUUCCUUUUCCACUUUCAGCUUUCAACUUUCAGAACAUGUCGAAAAUUCUGAUAUGCUGAACAAGAAAUUAGUGCGUUGUAUUAUCGUGCAAAUUAUGUUGAUAGUAGUAUUUGGGUGACAAAAGUGAUUAAAGUCAUUUUAUAAACUUGACGUGACCGUUCUAGACCAAUGAAAAUACAGUAGCCAAGAAGCCCUGUAACAUUAUUUAGCAUAGGCUUGCGAUUGGUUGGAGCUGAUUGCUGUUUAUCAUUGUAGGUGCUCAGUGAUUGGAUGGAUUUCUCAUCAGUGACCAGUGAUUGGUUGUUGGGCCACCAAUUGACCAAUUGUGUGUAUUCUUUGUUAGAUCUGAGUAAGUUUUUUAAAGUCAUUAGUUGAUUGGUUGGCAGGGUCCCUAUCAUUUUAAUAUUCUUGUUGUUGAACUGAAAAAAG